AUGAUGGCCCACCGCGAGCAGCCACAGACGCAGCAGCAUCAAACUCAGUCUUUCCUUCCUGACAGUAGCCUGCCCCAAGAUUUGUUGCUGCUGCAGCAGCUAGCAAUGCAGCAGGCGCAAGGGAAGCUGAGUAGCUUUAGCAACGCAAGGCAGCAGCAGCACCAACAACAACAGAUGCUGCAGCAACACCAACAACUGCUAAUGCUGCUGGAGGCUGAAGCGGCGGGAAAGGCUGCUUUAGCCGCACAAGACCGACAAAAAGCUCAAGUGGCCCGCCGUCAACAGCAGCAACAGCAAUACCAAGAGCAACCCCAGCAACAUCUAAAGCGUCAGUUACAAGAUCCGCAGCGCCGCUGCAUUGCUUCUGAGCUGGAAAUCCAGCACGGGCAGCAGCAAGAGCAGCCUGAUGUCCUGUCAUCAUACCGCUCUAAAAUGGUCCCUGGGACCCUGCAGCCGCAGCAGAAAAAGCAGAAGGAGCCAACUCUUCAGAAAGAGGCCGGAACUGCUGCACGUUCCCCGGGCGCCCUUCAUUUCCGUUCACCAGCGUCAAAGGUGCCAGCAUUUUCUCUUCGGGCCCUAGCAACAACGCAGCAGCAAGUGCAGCAGGACUCUGAGGAGCAGCUAUUGGAGAACAUACAAUCCUCUGACAACUGGAAUGAAGUGCGUCCAAUGAUGCAGCUCCCAGCUAACGCUGCAGAAGGCACAGAGCAACAGCCGCAGCAGCAGCAGCAGCAGCAGCAGUCUGAACUAGAAGAUAUUGUAUCCCGGCAGCAGUCAAUGCAGCAAAGGCUGCUCUUGCAGCAGCAGGCAUUGCCUUCAGGGUAUCAGCAAACUUUCCCAGACACGGCCUUGCAGCACGGAUGGCAGCGUCCAGCUGCAGGUAGUGCUGAUGAGGCGCAAGGAACUGCGACAACAGCAGCAGCUCCAGGAUACACCUACAGGGAGUUGAGCUCAUGGGGACAAGCUGUGUCCCGAAGCACAGCCAGCACUGCCACUGGAGACGACUGCUAUUCGUUUGCAUCUCUUGCUGCUGCAGCUGCAGUACGCAAAGCAGAGCAAGGCCUGAAAGUGCCCACUCCUGAAAGCCUGCAGAGACAGCAGAAGCCACUAACACAGCAGCAGCAGCCCCAGGUUCUGCAAAAGCUGCCACAGCAGUCUUUAACCCGUCAAGGUCACGAGCUUUUGCAAGCAGUGGAGCUGCUUCGACAGCAGCAUCAGUACCAACAACAGGGUGAACAUGAAAGGAAGGAAGCAAAUUGGGCGCUUCAGCCUGAAAGGUGCAGCGCAGAGGUGGCGCCUGCCGUUUCACCUUUCGGCAGCUAUAGCCUAAGAGAACUGCAGAACCGCAUGACGGCUCUGACACUGCAACCGCAGCAGCAGCAGCAAGAAGAAGAGCCACUUGAGCAAACGCGGCAGCGGCAACAGCAUCAUCUCGAACAGCACCGACAGAUAGAGGGCCUCUUGGCGCGACUCUCCCGGGAGCAGGCGGAAGGCAUUGGUAAGCAACUGGGUGGAGACAGUCUAUCUUCCGUGGACACACAGCAGCAACAGCAACACCAACAGCAAAUUGAGCAGCAACAGCUCUUUCCUAAACUACAGCUCCCCAGUGGAGUGACUGGAACAGCGCCUGCAAGCUACAGACUUGGAAAAAGCCCUUUGCAUCGCCCCGACGGUGAAGACACCCCCUGCGUUCAGCACAGUGCAAGUCACCCCACUUCUGCAGCAAUACGGGAGCAGCAGCAGCAGCACCGGUGGCACGACUUCUUGCAGUAA